AUGACACCUGAAGAAGUAGGUGAAGAUUUUGUGAAUAAAAUAAACAGUACUUUGAAUGGAAUUGCAGCAAAUAUGCUAUUCUUACUUGAUGAAUCAGUAAGUGUCUCACCACAACAAUUUGAAAUGGAGAAAUACUUUGUUAAAUCAGUGGCCCAGGCAUUCCCGCUCUCUGUAAAUCGAACAGCAGGCUUGAUAACUUUCAGUCAUGUUGCUGAUGUAGACAUCCCGCUCACUCAAACAGAUACAUGUUUGUUUGUUGACUCUGUUGGUAACGUAGUUUACACAGAGGGUGGAACAAGUAUACUAGUUGCAUUAAAUCUGGCAAUUGAUGAAAUAGAGAAGAAUGCAGUUCAUAAUACAACACUUGUUUUUCUAGUAACAGAUGGUAUCAGUACAACUGAUCCUGCUCCAGCUGCAGACACUCUGAAAGCGAAUGGAGAUAUAGUGUUCACAAUUGGUAUUGCUGAUUAUCAGCGUGAUCAGCUUGAACCCCUGGCUACUGUUGCUUCAGAUGGGACUCCAAAUUUCUUCGGAGUUUCGAGCUUUGAAGUAUUCCUGAGGAUUGCACAUACUGAUAUUUAUCAUCAGGUGUCAUACAAUGGACAUAAAUGCAAUCUCACUAACUCACUUAAUUUUAUUGGAAUCCUAACAUUAAUGGUCCUUCAUAGCUGUCAGUCCCACCUUCACUUCACACGAUAUGCAUGCAUUCAUACCAGGAUGAAUAGAUAUAUUUGUUCUAUUAUUGACAUUAUGUUAAAUAUAUAUAAAUUUUAUAAGGCAAUGGAAAAUCCAGGAUGGAUUCAAGAAAAUGUCACUCUGUAA